AUGCCUAUACCAAGCCCUCAGAUGGCGCACUCGCGGGAUCAGAGGUAGUUUUGCGAAUGUUGCCGGAGCGCAGGCUGAUUACCACUUUUGAGGGGAGCAUGUCCGGGCCUCCACUGGGGAGUCAUUGACGAGCGGAGGGUGUGUGAGACUGCAAAGGGGCUAGGGUGGUGACGAUGAACGUGCGGGGAUUGAUUCCUCCGAUGAAGACGAGACUAGUAGUGUCGAGGCAAGCGUUGGAUCAAAUUCGCCUGUGGGUGAGGAAGAGGAGAGGAGAGGGAGGGCCGCUGCGCUCAGAAAUGCUUCCGGCCCCAGUAGUAAAAGUAGCACCGCGAGAACUGAGGGGGCAGUAGAGAAAGGUGCAGGUAUGAUCAAAUUAUGAUCAGGAUUGUGGACGAUUCGGCUAGGGCGGAAGAAAGUGAAAGAAGAGAUGAGGUGGAAUAGACGCCAGGAAGGGGGCUAUAGUAAACGGAGGACAAGUAUGAGUUUACUGACUGCUGCAGAGGAAGAACGUAUGUACUCCUGCCUACAUUCUAAGGGUGGUUCUGACUUCUCCGAUAGGGAAGGCUGAGUGGUAGGUAGGGUGUUCGCUCCCUCCUGCCCUCGAUAUCGAUUACCCCGCCUGGUAA